GCCACAGCCGACACUGAUCAGGACUUGUUUUGCAAUGUUGGUUUCUGCAGCAGACUGUCGCGCAUAUUGCAAUGGCGCCUACGCCUCUGCCAUUGGCGCCUCGGAUCGGAAUUAAAGGGCUACCUUCCAUCCCUGUUCCACAGGUGUUGCCCACGCGCGAUGAGUGGGCGUCGUUUUAUCCUGAGUUGGAGAGGCUUUACGUCCGGGAGCGACGGAAGUUGCGAUAUGUCAUGAUGUACAUGGAGAGGAAGUAUGGAUUCAAGGCGAGUUCACAAAUGUUCAAAAUCCGGUUUUCCAAAUGGGGAUUUCAGAAGAAUUCAAGGCGAUCGGAUAUAUCAGUGCGAAGCAUCAAGGCUGAACCUGGUUGCAGCCAUCGGAGAGAUCUCGGUGUCACAACGCGCUCCCCUAGCCCCGCAAACCUAAGUCUGGGGAUCGAUGAUUCUCUAAUGCUCUCGCUGCUAUCCAACAUACGAGCCUGCAAUUCGGCCUUCUUUGAGACGAUACAGCCACCGGUAUGUUGCUUGGCUGUACCGUCCCCAAUUGAUCGGGAAUUGCUCAACCACGCCACGGAUGUCAAUCUCGUAUUCAAGCUGGUAACAGAUCUGCUCGACCGUGGGCAUGGUGAAACUGCAGGCAGAAUGGCUCGAAAGGCCUUUUUGCUCCUUGAGGAAAUGCUGUCACUUGAUGUACCGGCUCUGCUGUGGAACCUUCUGGAGAUCAUGCACCACAUGGUCAGCGUGCAGCACGCUGAAUUGUUCCAAAUGGUUCUCGCUCAUGUCAUAGCUCUGGAGAAUGGCCGUAACUCCGAGGCUCGACCGCUCACUUUCAUAUUGCAAGGCUUGCGAGACUUCACCUUGCAUUUGACCAAGGCCAUGAGCACGCUGGGAGAGUCAUCGCCACCUUCGCCGUCAUCGUCUUCCUCAACCAGUGGAAGCAGUGACUCAGCAGCGAGCAACAGGCGGUGGCACCCCUCUGGACGGAUAGCAUUCUUGCUUGAACGAGCAUGGUCUCUCAAUACGGAAAUGGUGUUCCACCACUUCAACCCUUGUCUGUUCUCGAUCUACUCGCGCCUUCAUUGGGACUCAUGCUCCAUCAACCCACCAUUCGCCAUAUUCGGAGUAAAGGACCGAUGGCUCGAGGAGAUACGAUCACAUGAGAUUUCUAGCACCUGCGAACAGAACUUUUGUAUGAAACUUUACGCCAAGAUGAAUCCUAUCGAUGACGACAAGAUGUCUCUCCUAUCAUCAUCACUGAAGACUGAAUCUGUGCAGCUGGGAAAUGACUUCAAGUCACUUCGCGACAGCAGCUUUGCGGAGUUCAUGCAAUACGGAAAUUCAAUACUUGGCGAAGGUGCCAGCUAUGGUGGAAGUACUGCAACGCUGUUACCCUUGCUUGUUGGACUUUUAAAACACACCAUGUUGGAAGAACAACAGAAGGCUGCAACAGCUGUGGCAUCUGAUCAAUUCGACCUUGUUGCCUGUACAAUCAGGACGGUCAUGAACCUGAGCCUGGAACAACGAGGUGCCGCAUAUUGGUCUGACCCGGAUACUAUUUCCCAGAUUCGAUCCAUCAUUAUGCUUCGCGAAUUGGCGGGCGGAAAACUUAAACCAAAUGUUCUGCGGGAGAUGUGGUCUUUGGAGCAGGCACUCAACGAAGCGGGAAGAUUUGAAGAGGCUCAGGCAAUCAAGAACAGUGCGAUUGCUCGGGCAGAAGAGUACAUCCAGGAUAUCCCGGCUGGAUCUGUAUGACCAUACAUAUACCCUCGAUUUGAUCAAAUCAGCUUUGUACUACAUAGAUCUUGCACAAUCUUAUCUCAUCGGGCAUGAUUGAUGUGUGAACAAUGGGAUGUAUUUCUGGUUUCCCUUAUCGAUAAAGA